UUUUUUUUAGAAAAAACCUAAAACAGAUCGAAGAGGGCCAGCGGCGCCUCUCUCUCACUCUAUCGUUCUACUUGCUCUUGUUUUCUUUGCUUCCAUGAAACAAAACAAACAAUUGAGCGUACAAGUUGGCAUGGAUUGUCGUUCUGAGCAUGAAACUUAUCAUCAAUUUUGCAGCUAAUCCCAGGUUGAAGCCAAGAACCAACGAUACCCGUACACGGUUUCUAACAAUUGUCAAGGGAUUAUUACUUAGCUCAGUGUGAAUCAAUUUGUGCACCGUGCUACCUCCCUUCCGGAACUCCCUCCCAGUUUCAGUCUUUAACCUAACGUUGGAACACCAUGUCGUCAACCGAGUCCGAUGAUGCCAUACGACGUCGUAACAAUGCCGUCAAAGAUUAUCGCAGAAAGCUUCUCAAUCACAAGGAACUCGAUUCCCGAAUUCGAUCAGUUAGAGAGAAAUUGCGGAAUGCGAAGAAGGAUUUCAAUAAAACAGAGGAUGAUUUGAAGUCUUUUCAGAGUGUUGGUCAAAUUGUUGGCGAGGUUCUUAGGCCUCUUGAUGAUCAACGCAUGAUUGUUAAAGCGAGCAGUGGACCAAGGUAUGUUGUGGGCUGUCGUAGUAAGGUGGACAAGGAGAAGCUGGCUUCAGGAACUCGAGUUGUGCUGGAUAUGACUACACUAACCAUUAUGCGAAUUCUUCCCCGUGAAGUUGACCCAGUUGUGUAUAAUAUGCUACACGAAGACCCUGGGAAUGUUAGCUAUUCUGCAGUUGGAGGGCUUUCAGAUCAGAUUCGAGAACUAAGGGAAUCAAUUGAACUGCCUCUAAUGAAUCCCGAGCUUUUUCUUAGGGUUGGAAUCAAACCACCGAAGGGUGUUCUUCUCUAUGGACCUCCUGGAACUGGGAAGACAUUAUUAGCGAGAGCAAUUGCCAGCAAUAUUGAAGCUAACUUCUUGAAGGUUGUAUCCAGUGCUAUAAUUGAUAAGUAUAUUGGUGAAAGUUCAAGACUGAUUAGGGAAAUGUUUGGAUAUGCUCGUGAUCAUCAGCCUUGCAUCAUAUUCAUGGAUGAGAUUGAUGCCAUUGGUGGACGGCGUUUCAGUGAGGGAACAAGUGCUGAUCGGGAAAUUCAAAGAACCCUCAUGGAGCUUCUUAACCAGCUAGAUGGAUUUGAUCAGCUUGGAAAGGUUAAAAUUAUUAUGGCUACAAAUAGGCCUGAUGUUCUUGACCCUGCCCUUCUUCGCCCGGGCCGACUUGAUCGGAAAAUUGAAAUUCCACUACCAAAUGAGCAGUCCAGGAUGGAAGUCCUCAAAAUCCAUGCUGCUGGAAUUGCAAAGCAUGGUGAAAUUGAUUAUGAAGCAGUUGUUAAGCUUGCUGAGGGGUUCAAUGGUGCUGAUCUUCGUAAUGUUUGCACUGAAGCUGGGAUGGCUGCCAUUCGUGCAGAACGUGAUUAUGUAAUUCAUGAAGAUUUCAUGAAGGCCGUCCGCAAAUUGACUGAAGCAAAGAAACUGGAAGCAAGUGCCCAUUACAAUGCGGAUUUUGGGAAAGAAUAAAUCUCAUUUUUUGUGGUACAUCUAUUUAUCUUGCACCACCCAAAGAACUUCUGGAGCAACUAGUACUCCAUUUUCAUUGUUUGGUCUCUUCUAGCCCACCAAUUGACAUACUUUUGCUUUGUAAGCUUGGAUAGUUUUUGUUGGAUUUGCAGUUCAACUAUAGGUUAGUGUUACAUACUUACAGUAUUCAAGGUUGGCCUACCUCAUUCGUAGGUCUUAAGCAAAAUAUUAAGGGAAGUCAUUUUUGGAUGUGAAGUACCAAAAUGAAAUUUUUAUUUAAUUUUUUUUUCUUGGAAGUUUGAUUGCAAUUUAUUUGUCUUAGUUGUUUUGAUGUGAAAGUUCAUCCUUCAACAUAAAGAACUUGUAUUCAAAUUUGUUGGAGUUUAGUUAUUUAAUGUUU